AUGUCGGACUCUGAAAGUGAUCCAGACUAUCAACCAUCGUAUUCUUCGCAAUCUGCAUCAUCUAGCGAUGAAAGUUCGUCACAUAGUGAAGAAGAUGGGCGUCCAAUUCAGCCGAGGGCUCCGACGCCGACGUCAAAUUGGUAUCAAUCUGAUGGAUCUCGACAGAAGCAGUUCCCACUGGACAUUCAACCAGGUAUCAAUGUUCCGAACGAUUGUGAUUCAGAAUUGAGUAUAUACCGACUGUUUCUUACUGAAGACGUGAUGGACCUCAUGGUGAAUAUGACUAAUUGUUAUGCUAAUAAAACUUUAACACUUAAUCGUGUCACACGCAAUAUGAGGCUAUCAAAAUGGACAGACUGUACUCCAGAAGAAAUGCUGAAAUUCCUCGGCCUUCUGAUUUACAUGGGACUAAAGAAAUUACCUAGAAUUAGUGACUAUUGGAGUAAAAACAUUCUUUACGAAAGCAAAGUAUGUCGCCAGGUGAUGAGCAGAAAUAGAUUCGAGUUGUUGCUCAGGUGUUGGCACUUCGAAGACACCAUUUUCCUUGGACCUAGUCAUGCUGAUCGCCUCAUAAGGAUAAGGCGGUUUCUGGAGCUGCUUACAAAAAAUUUUCAUAAUGUGAAAACACCGGGUGAAUAUGUUACCAUAGACGAAAGCAUGGUAGCUUUUAGAGGACGUAUAUCAUUUAUGCAAUACAUUCCUGGCAAACGCCACAAAUACGGAAUAAAACUUUUUAAGCUGUGUGACGAUGAUGGUUAUGCGCUCGACAUCAUUGUGUACGAAGGAAAAACGGCAAAUAGACAGGACAGUGUAGCCACAGACGUAGUGAUGAAGCUAUGCCAACCUUAUUUGGGAGUUGGCAGAAGUGUGGUCACAGAUAACUUUUACACCAGCGUUGAUCUAGCAAAAAAGCUUUUGGAUAACAAUACUCAUCUGAUUGGCACUCUUCGCAAGAAUAGGAAAGGGUUGCCGAAGAAAGUUAUUCAGGAAAAGUUGAAGAAGGGUGAAAUGAUUGCAAUGGAAAAUAGUGACGGAAUUCUCGUUCUCAAAUGGAAAGACAAACGUGAAGUUUUUGCUUUGUCGACGAAGCACUCCAUUGGCUUUGUUAGUUGCAAAAGCAAGAGGAAUCCCAACAAGACAGUGUUGAAACCUUCCACAAUUGCUGACUAUAAUAAACACAAGUGUUCCAUCGAUUUAUCUGAUCAAUUGGCGAGUUACUCUAGUCCAGCUAGAAGAAAUAUUCGUUGGUUUCAGAAACUUGCUGUUGAUCUACUGUUUUCUACUGCUGUCACAAAUGCUUACAUCACCUAUAAAAAACACAAGAAUCUGCACAGCAAGACUUAUACCAUUACAAAAUUUAGGGAGAACCUCUGUCUACAGAUGCUGGGAAUAAAGGACUCUAAUCCAGCAGAGAGCUCACUUCGGCAGCCAGAACAUAAGUUCAGCAAGUCACUGCUCACAGACCACAGAAGCAGAUUAGUUCGUCGUCGGUGCAUUCAUUGCUAUGAAAAGCAUAGAUCCGCUGGUUUCUCAGCACUAGAAGCUAGGAAUAAAACAAAAAAAGUAAACACUGUCUGUCUUAAGUGUCCGUCCCAGCCAAGCGUUUGCGCUGAAUGCUAUGGAGAAAUUCAUACGCAAAUUACGAAAAGAAUGUAA